CUCAAGUCUUCUUGUGUUCCCUGGUGGUCGUCCUGGCCGCACUGACUGGGGCAAAAGCUUUGAUCAUUUACGAGCACUUUGCUCCAUCAAGAUAUAAACCAAAGAGGGCAUGUAGCUCAUAAAAGUGUAAUGACGAACUCUUUUGGCAGCUAGAUGUUCGAUGGUCAGAAGGGGCAAUAAAAAUAGGAAAGUGCUUCAACCAGGGAAUACGCUUAACUGAUUUAGUCUUCAUUUUAUAGGCAGUAGGUGAAAUCUUCCUUCUGUUCUAAUAAAGGAUUUGGCAGAGAAUAUUAGAAUGGCAUUGGAGCUUAUACCUAUUGGGACCAUCUUGGCCGUGCUAACAAACCAGGUCAUUAAAACAGCUAAUGCUGCUAAAGAUGUUUUCGAAAAAGAGAGUUUCAAGGUCCUGUCAAAGCACUUGUUUGACAUUGAACUGGUCUUAAAAGAACUGCAGCAUCAAGAACUGAAUGAUUCUCAAGCUGCUAGGCUUGCUUUGGAGUCCCUUGAAACAGAUGUUAAAAGGGCUAACAGUCUGGUUGAGAAGUACAAAAAUCGAGCUCGUUUCUACUUGCUUGUCAAGUGCCGACACAUAGUCAAGGAGGUACAAGACGUUACCAGGGAUAUUGGUAGGUCAUUGGCUGCUCUAUCCCUGGCAAAUACUGAAGUUUUAUCAGGGAUAUCUGAUCAGGUGAAUAGGUUACAGAAUGAGAUGCAAAGAGUGGAAUUUGAGGCUUCCCAGUCUCAGCUCCAAGUUUUUGACAAGCUAAACAAGGGUCUUAAAGAUCAGACCCUUGACCAGGGUUUUGCAAAUGACAUGCUUGCAGAAAUAGCUAUGGCAGUUGGAGUGCCUUUAGAACCCUCAGAGAUAAGCAAAGAGCUAGCAGAUUUCAGAAAGGAGAAAGAAGAAGCUGCCAGCAGGAAGGAAAGAGCUGAAGUUUUCUUCUUAGAGCAGAUUAUUGAGCUGCUCUCUCGAGCUGAUGCUGCAAGGGAUUAUGAAGAAGUCAAGAAGCAAUACAAGCAGCGUGUUCAGGCCAUAGAGAGAUAUGACACAAGCGAAGAGUAUAUUCAACCGCUCAAGCCUUUUAUUUGCUGUAUAAAAGGAACUGUGAUGGUUGAACCAGUCAGCCUUUGCACUGGUACUACAUGUGAGAGAGGCGCCAUCAUAGCUUGGUUUGACAGUGGAAAGAGAACUGACCCAGAAACACAUGAGGUUCUUGAAGAUACUUUAUGGAGAAGUAACCUUCCAUUGAGGCAAUCAAUAGAAGAGUGGCGAGAACUUAAUUACUGCCUCAAGAUAAGAUCUUCCAAGGCAAAGCUGUUAUCAGGUGUUGAGACGUCCAUGUUAGAUGCCUUAAGCCAAAUGCAAGAUCUUAUGCGAGAGAAUUCUAUUAACAAGGACUGGAUUAUGAUUGAAGGGCUCACUGAUAUUAUAAUCUCUAUCCUUGGAAACUCUCACAACAGAGAUGUGAAGAGGAAGAUUUUGAUCACCUUAAAGGAUAUUGUAGAAGGGCAUGCAAGAAACAAGGAAAAAGUGGUUGAAUCCCAGGGGUGGGAUCACAUUGUUCCCUGCUUAGGCCGUGACUCAAGCAUCUCAAAGGCUGCAAUUGAAUUGCUAUAUGAAUUGUUGCAAGACAGAUCUGGUUGGAAUUUGUCUGUCUGCAGGAAACUCUCUGAACAGGGCAGUGCAAUUCUUUUCCUCGUUUAUACCCUUUUAAAGGGUACUGUGAGGGAGUCAGCUGAGAUUGCGGAGAAAAUCUUGAUGAAACUUUUUGACAUAGAUGAGGAAAACAUUUCUUGUGCAGCUAAGUCUGGCUGGUAUAAGCCACUUAUUGAUCGCAUAGUUCAUGGGCCUGAAACUUCAAGGUUAUCAAUGGUGAGAACACUUGUUAACAUGGAAUUGGUUGACUCAAAUUUGAAGCUCCUCGGUGAGGAAGGGGUUAUACCUCCUUUGCUUGAAAUGGCAUCUGGCAAUAUUGAAGCAAAACAGUUGUCCUUAUCUGCCUUGGCUGAAUUGUCAAGUUGCAAUACCAACAAAGAGCUGGUUGCAGCUUCUGGUGGGGUUCAUCUUGUUCUAAAACUAGCGUUCUCUCCCCAUGUUCGCUCAAUCAUUGUUGUUAAAUGUUAUGAAAUCCUGGAAAAAUUCGCUUCUGAUGCUGAUGGGGUUAAAUUCUUUGUUGAUGAAAAUGGGAGCCAACUCGAGUUAGAGCCAAUUGUCACCAAUUUGAUUGCGUUACAGCAGAAUCCCAAAUUGGCCUACAAUGUCCGGAGGCCUUCCUUGCGCACACUACUUGGAAUCUGCAAGUUUGAUGCAGGGUUGGUUAAAAAGGCGGUUGUCACUGGCGAUGCCAUAUCACUGGUCCUUCCUCUUCUUGAUGACUCCGACUCUGAGAUUCGAGAGAUUGCAAUAAGUUUGCUUUUCCUCUUCUCCCAGCACGAGCCUGAGGGGGUUGUUGAGUACCUUCUCAAGCCAAGAAGGCUGGAGGUUUUGGUGGGGUUUCUUGAGAAUGAUGACAAGGAUGAUGUACAGAUGGCUGCUGCUGGCAUAUUGGCUAAUCUGCCGAAAUCAGAAAAAUCACUAACUACGAAGUUAAUUGAAUUGGAUGGUCAUACUGCAAUCAUAAAUAUUUUAAGAACAGGGACCAUGAAAGCAAAAGAAAAUGCUCUAAGUGCUCUUUUUAGGUUCACAGAUCCCACAAACCUGGAGUCGCAGCGUAUACUGGUUGAAGGAGGAGCAUACCCUUUGCUUGUAAACUUUCUCAGGUCCAGCUCAGUGACUGCAAAGGCAAGAGCUGCAGCUCUGAUUGGGAAUCUUUCCACAAGCAGUCAAAAGCUCGCUGUUGUGUCCAAACCAUCCGGAUGCUGGUGUUUCAAGCCAUCGGGUGCUCCUGUUUGCCAAGCACAUGGUGGCACCUGCAGUGUCACUUCCACAUUUUGUGUAUUGGAAGCAAAAGCUUUGCCUGACUUGGUAAGGCUCUUAUCCGGGGAGGUUUACGAAACUGCCAUUGAAGCAAUUCAAACUCUCUCCACAUUGGUUCUUGAAGCCUCUCCUCAAAGAGGAGCCAAUGUCUUGCAUGAGGCUGAUGCCAUAAAGCCUACAUUGGAGAUCUUGAAUUGGGGAACAGAUUCUCUCAAGGAAGAGGCAUUGAGUCUACUUGAAAAGGUUUUCUUGUCAAAGGAGAUGGUUGAAUUUUACGGAUCAACUGCCAGAUUAAGUCUUGCUGGUCUAACUGGCAGUAAUUUUCAUGAGGAUGGUCGUCAUAGGAGGAAGGCUGCCAGGGUCUUGUCACUCCUUGAACGUUAUUCAAGAUCAUCUACAUCUAUUAUUCCUGGGCUGUAUGGCUAAAAGUUCUGCUUAUCAGAUCAGGAAGAAAGAAAAAAACACUUAGAACUUUGCUUGAGAAUUGUGAUUACAGUGAUCAAGUUGGGAAAUUUAGUACAUCAAUCUCAGUUCAUAUAGGGUUUAGUAUACAUGAUUUGGAACUUUCAGUAUACAUUGGUCAAGAUGGGUGGGCAAAAGAUUUUAAUGUACAGUCAUGUUUUCAUUUCAGGCAAAAUGCUUAUAAAAUCUUCAUUUAGAGCACCAUGCCA